AUGCCACCACAUCGUCCAUCCCUGGACCCACCCCGUCAGCGGGGGUUCCCGAAGCGGUUUGCCGUGUGCGGAGCCCCGGCCCGCACCCAAUGGAGCCCUGAGGCGGAGGCGGAGGCGGCGGCCUCGUCACCCGCUCCCCUCAGGCCCGACGCUGCACGAGCACGCGCGCAUGCGCCCCGCGCUCCCUGCGCGCGCUCCCCCUGCCCCGCCCGCCCGCGCCCUCAGCCGCCCACGCCACGCGCGCCCCCUUCCUCCCGCCCGCGCGCUCUCUCCCGCCCGCCCGCGCUCCCUCAGUGCCCGCGCGUGCCCUCUCCCGCCCACGCUCCCCCUCCCGCCCACGCCUUUCACGGCCCACGCGCGCUCUCUCCCGCCCCCUCGCGCCUCCCACUGCCCGCGCGCGCUCUCUCCCGCCCGCCCGCGCCCUCCACUGCCCGCGCGCGCUCUCCCCGCCCACGGGCACUCUCUUCCGCCCGCUCGCGCCCUCCAUCGCCUCCGCGCGCGCUCCCCCGCCCGCCCGCGCUCUCUGCUACCUGCGCGCGCUCCCCUCAAUGCCCGCGCGUGCCCUUCAGUGCCCGCGCGCGCUCUCUCCCGCCCACGCGCGCCCCUUCCUCCCACGCGCGCUCCCGCCCGCCCGAACCCUCCACUACCCACGCGCGCUCUCUCCCGCCCGCGCUCUCUCCCGCCCGCCCGCGCCCUCCACUGCCCGCGCGCUUUUCCUCUCCCGCGCGCCCCUCUGUGCCCGCUCGCGCUCCCCUCACUGCCCGCGCGCGCCCUCCACUGCCCGCGCGCGCCCUCUCUCCCGCCCGCCCGCGCCCUCCACUGCCCGCGCGUGCUCUCCCCGCCCACGGGCGCCCUCUCCCGCCCACUGUCCUCACUGCCCACGCGCGCCCCCUUCCUCCCACGCGCGCUCUCCCGUCCGCUCGUGCCUUCCAUCAACUGCGCACGCGCUCUCCCGCCCACACCCCUCACUGCCCACGCGUGCCCCCUUCCGCCCACGCGCCCCCUUCCGUCUGCGCGCGCCCUCCACCGCCUGGGCGCGCGCUCUCCCGCCCACAUAGCAGCUUUUCAAAAAUGUUGAAAGACGUUCAUCACAAAGCAUUUAUCAUCGAAAGGGCGUCUGUCGAGAUCAUCACGACUUCCCCAUGA